AUUUUAUCGUAGUUGAUCAAGGAAUAAACAAUACAAAACGCUCUUGAGAUGCCAUCGUUUGAGAGAAAACCGGACGAGAGAAAAAAGAUUGUCAUAUCUGGGGUCGCUGGUCUUUUUGCAGGAUGUCGCAACGUGAAAGAAUUAUCCAGUAUCCUUUACAAUAAGGAGUAUCCGAUAUCGUCUGAAAACUGUCGCUGGAAAUAUGAACAUCCCGAAAUCAUAUCGUAUAUUGGAAAAGUGCCUGAGCUGAAUCUAUUUGAUGCUCAGUUCUUUAAGGUGCAUUAUCAUCUCAGUCAACGGAUGGACCCAAUGUCCCGAAAAAUUUUAGAGCAAGCAUGUCAGGCUAUUUAUGACGCAGGUGUAAAUCCGCAACAACUCAGUGGAAUGAAAACUGGUGUUUAUCUUGGAUGUGGCUUCACUGAAAAUGAUAAGACUUUAUUUUUCAAUAAAGAUUCAAGGAAUGGAUUGUUUAUUAUCGGAUGUAACAGGAGUAUGUUUGCGAAUCGUAUUUCCUACUGGUUGAAUGCAAACGGUCCAUCACUAUCUAUCGAUCAAGCCUGUUGCAGCACGUUUGCAGCAUUAGAAGCGGGACACCAAGCAAUACUCCGCGGUGACUGUGAGGCAGCUCUAGUUGCUGUUUCGAGUCUUUGCUUACAUCCACAGUCUAUUGUACAUUACAAUAGAGCCGGUCUAUUAAGUCCAGAUGGCAAAGUGAGAUCUUUUGAUGCUAAAGCCAAUGGAUGUGUAAAAUCUGAAGCCAUCGGUGUUCUUUUUCUUCAGAGAGCUAAGGAUGCCCUCAGAGUAUAUGCAGAAGUAGUACAUGUGGAAUCUCAUUUCACGUCUUUAGCUAAAGGAGACAAAGGUCCUAAAUAUGGAUUUUACCGUAAUCCAACUGAUACAAUUAAUUUUCUGAAUAAAUUUUACGAUGAAGCAAACGUUCCACCCCAAGCUGUAAAAUACGUUGAAGCUUUUGGCUCUGGUAUACCGGAUGCUGACAAAGCCGAACUUGACGCACUAGGUGAGGUGUUCUGCAAGGAAAGAGAUGAUCCACUUUUCGUUGGAAGUGUAACGUCUAAUGUUGGUUAUUCGGAGAGCGCGACAGGAAUGGCUGCUAUCACUAAGGUUUUGCUCGCUUACAACACUGGCAAAGUGGCAUCAAAUCUACACUGUGAUACUCCAAGGCAGGACGUUACUGCAAUUAAAGAAGGACGUAUACAAAUAGUCACUGAGCAUCGCCCGAUGAACACUUCUUAUGCCGCUAUUAAUAGUUAUUCUUAUACCGGAGUUAAUGCUCACGUCUUGUUAAAAGGACACAAUAUACAGAAGGACCUCAACCGUUACAAGACCGCUAUUCCUCAUUUAGUAACUGUCACUGGACGUCAAGAAAGUUCAGUGCAAAUUAUUUUGGAUGAUUUGCUAACUCGUCCGAUAGAUCCCGAAGAGCUAGCAUUACUUCAUAACAUCCAUGAAAACAGAAUAUCAGCUCAUCUCGGUCGAGGAUUUACUAUUUUAGCCACUAAUGAAAAUAAUGAGACGAUAAGUUUAUGCGAAAGAAAAGGCAAUUUCGACGGCGCAACACGACCGCUAUGGUUUGUGUACAGUGGUAUGGGUUCUCAGUGGGUGGGCAUGGGAACAGAGCUAAUGAAGAUACCAACAUUUGCUGCUGCAAUUCAACGUUGUCAUGCAGUUUUGGAGCCAAAGGGUGUGGACAUCAUUAGAAUUAUUACGUCACCUGAUCCAAAAACCUUUGACAACAUUUUAAACUCGUUUGUUGGUAAUGCCGCAAUACAGAUAGGGCUUACCGAUAUACUCAAAAAACUAGAAAUCGUUCCAGACAAGGUUAUAGGGCACAGUGUAGGCGAAUUAGGAUGCGCAUACGCAGACGGAUGUUUCACCGCUGAGGAAAUGAUUUUGGUUGCGUACAGUCGAGGUCUCGUUUCUAUUCAGACUCCGUUUAUUGUCGGAUCAAUGGCUGCAGUUGGCAUGGGCUAUCAAGAGAUAAUUAAAUUGCUUCCUCCUGAAAUUGAGGUAGCUUGUCAUAAUAGUUCUACGUCGUGCACUAUUUCUGGACCAACUAAUAUAAUGAAGGAAUUCGUAUCCCAAUUAACUUCUAAGAAUAUCUUCGCUAAGGAAGUGGCUUGCUCUAAUAUUGCUUAUCAUUCAAGAUACAUAGCUGAAGCAGGACAUGGUUUAUUGGAGCUUUUAAAUAAGGUUAUUAAAAAACCGAAGCGUCGUUCUGAGCGGUGGGUUUCUACAUCAGUACCACAAUAUCAGUGGAAUGAUCCAUCUGCAAUGUACUCUUCGGCGGAAUAUCAUACAAACAAUCUUCUAAGACCUGUGCUUUUUGAGGAGGCAUCUAAGCUUAUACCUCCCAAUGCCGUCCUUCUAGAAAUAGCACCACACGGCCUGUUACAGGCUAUACUUAAACGAUCUUUGCCGACUUGCUUGAGCUUAUCACUGACCCAACGUGGAAAUUCAGAUGGUGUCAGCUAUUUGUUGAAAGCCAUCGGCGAACUAUAUAUGGCUGGGUUUAAUCCGGUUAUUAAAACGCUUUAUCCAAAAAUCAAUUUUCCCGUUUCGACUGGAACACCGAUGCUCUCUCAUUUAGUGGAUUGGAUACAUGAUGAAAAAUGGCCAGUGUUAUUGUACGUGGCUGACAAUAUGAGAGUGGCAGCUAGUUGCAAUUUUGUUAUAUCUGUGCACGAUGACGAUCAUAGUUACUUAAGAGGACAUGUGAUAAGAGAAAAGAAUGUUUAUCCAUUUGCAAGUGCUCUUGUGGCUGUAUGGGAUACAAUGGUGAUGUCUUUCGGUCUGGAAAGGAAAAAAAUAUCGGUACAGUUCAAUGAUGUUAGAUUCCAUUCGCAGCCUAUUUUGAACGAUGAAAGCGAAUUUCAAUUGAAUGUAACAUUACACCGGGGCAGUGGAAAAUUUGAGGUUACGGAUGGUAAAACUGAUGUAAUCAGUGGUUUCAUUAAAGAGUUUAGUGAAAAUAACUCACAGUCAAACAGGAAUGAUACUGGCUCAACUGAAAAUGAACCAAGUCUGUAUUGUCUUAAUGCUGAAGAUAUUUAUAAUCUACUCUACAUAAGGGAUUACAAUUACUUUGGUGAUUUCCGAAGUAUCCAUUGUGCAAAUACGUCAAUAACAAAGGCGAAGAUAUUAUGGCGAGACAGUUGGGACACAUUCAUUGACGGAUUGUUACAACUGAAUUUCUUAAGUGAAGCACGCAAUACUACAUCUCAAAUAAAGUUUAUUAAAAAUAUUGUAAUUAAUGUCAAUGAUCACGUUAGUAGUAAUGGUGCAAUGGAAAGCGGUUCAACAAUUAUGACUGCACACCUCGAUAUAUUUAAUAAUUCGACAAGAUGUGGUGGAGUAUUUUUGCAAAAUGUCCAACUCCAAGACUUAUCUAGAACAAAUGACGUCAUUGAUACAAUGAAAACUUUGAAAUUUAUACCACACUUCUCUACUACGACUACUGAUGAGACUACGGUGCUUGAUAUUUACCUUCAAGAGGUGGCUGAAAACACAAAUAAAGAUAUAAUAAAUAUAACAAAGAUAAGUAAUAGCCAUAAAGAAAAUUUAACAGGUUCAAGAUUCAGUGCAGUCGUUCGCAGAUUUGUAGAGAAAAAAAUUAAACUUCGAACUGUCAGUAGAAAUAAAAUUCUAAGCGAUACGUCCUUACAAAACGUUGAUCUUGUCUUAGUAGAAAACUUAUCUAUAGAUAACGAUCUUUGCCGAUCUCUUUACAGCAUGCUCAAUAUUAAUACAUUUAUAAUUAACAAAGAAGAUAACGCUAAUUUACAUUCAAUUCCACGACCAUCAUUGCUUUACGGUGUUGUAUGUGCUCACAGCACAGGAAAUAAUCGCUUGGAACUUAUACGCUGGAGACCAUCUUCGGAUUCUAGGGAAAAAAGCGCAAUUUCAGUUAAUUCUCAAUCAGAUCUGCCAAUGCUUUUCUCUACGAUUAACACUAUGCCUGAUAAUCAAAAUUUGUUAGUGUUGUCUUGUUACCCUCCUUUACCGUCGUUAAAAAAUAUUGUUAAAGAUUAUAGAAAAAAAACAAAUAAAAAUAUUUCCAUGAUAAUGAUUAAUAAAACGUCUAAUCAAUUCGAGAGUAGGCGUCUAUGCUGUCCAGACCUUGCUUUUAGUGUUGUAGUUGAUGAUGUCAUGGGCGGAGAAUAUUGUCUAUCAAUCCCUCAAACUUCAACCAUUGAAGGAGGCAUGAGCUUAGAGCAUAUGAGUGUGGUUGACACGAAUUCUCUAAAUUGGGUAGAGGUUCCAGAACCUACUGGUUCGGGUAUCAAUGUCAUGGUGCAUUACGCUGGCUUAAGUAUUGUAGACGCAAAAAAAAAUCACGGUAUUAUUAAAACUACAAAACAAGAAAAUCAAAAUGUCUGUGGGAUGGAAUUUAGUGGAAUUGUUGAAAGAACUGGUUCUCGUGUAAUGGGCUUAGUGGAGAAUGGCGCUGUUAGUACGAAAAUUCAAGUUAAUCCAAAUUUGUUGUGGCCAGUGCCAGAAUACUGGAGUUUGGAAGACGCAGCGACUGUGCCUUUGGCCUACUGCCUUGCGUUAUAUUGUUUGUGCAUAAAGAGUCAUUUAUAUUCUGGAAUGCGCAUUCUUGUCCAUGGUGGAACUGGGGCUUUAGGUCAGGCAGUAAUAUCUAUUGCUUUGGCGCAUGGUUGUGAAGUUUUCACUACUGUCAGUACUAUGAGCAAAAAAUAUUUUCUUCGGAAAUUGUUUCCCGAACUUAAAGAUGAUCAUAUUGGAAAUUCACGUAAUGGCAGCUUUAGUGAUAUGGUGCUAAAAAUCACAAAGGGACAAGGCUGUGACAUCAUAAUAUCUAAUGUUAAAGGAGAACUAAGAAGUAACACUUUAAAGUGCUGUGGACCGUCUGGAAUCACUAUUGAUACAACUUUACUACAAGAUCAAGAAGAUUAUAACCUUGGAAUGGCCUUCAUGACCUUCAGUAGGGGUUUUGCCACCGUCGAUAUAACUUCAAUAUUUUCAUCAGGGAAUAUAGAAGAUAUUAAGCGUUUGCAACUUCUUGUGAGUGAGGGUAUAGCGCGAGGCUACGUACGGCCUCUAUCCCGCGUUAUAUACGGAGCACAUGACGCACCUCAAGCCCUUCGUCUUCUAGCUGGUAACCGUCAUCGUGGACGAGUUUUGCUGAAUCUAAAACAAAUAUCACCUAUUGUACAAACCAGAUUGAAAUGUUCAUCUGAAUUAAACCAUUUGGUGGUGUCUGAUGAUGACAUUUUUGGAAUACAUCUAAUUGAAAGACUUAUUAGCCGUGGAGCUAAGAAACUAUUUUUACAGUGGAAAAAUCCUUCGAAUAUACUAGAGUUUAAAGCAAGGUCUUGGGAAAAGAUGGGUGUGAAUGUACAUAUAUACUACGAAGAUGUUUUGAAUGCAGAUAAUGCUCGUGAAUUGCUUGAUAAGAUUAGCACCUUUGGACCUAUUGAAGGAAUAUAUUUAAUCGCCAUUGACGGCAAUUACGCUGUUAAAAUGGAGAAUGUAUUGAAACGGCUAACAUUAAUGAAACAGAAAUUUAAUCCCUACUUAAAGUAUUCUGCAAUAAUAAGAGUUGACGACAAGAAUGAAGAUAAAAGGUGUGAUUUUGAACUUCAGAACGAUGAAAUACCGACUAUUAUCAAAUUACCAAAGCUAAAAGGCAUCAAUGAUCCUUUAAGAUCUGAACAGAAGGAUCUGAUAACAAUACAAAAUGCGAUUGAUGCUCUGGAGUGUACAUUGACUACUCCCCAAUUAUCUGGGGUCGCUCUUACAUGGUCAGAUAAAAAAACGUCGAUUUUGGAACGUAUAUUUUCUAUAUCCGAUGUUAGUAAAGGCAACAGAAUCAAUCUAAAGGAUAUUAAUCUUUCUAUGACACUGAAAGAUUUGGGUAUAGAUUUAUCAAUGUUGGAUUCUAUACAAGCUUGUUUACGUGAUCAUUAUAAUAUAUCUCGCUCUCGAGAUAAUAUUUUGAGUAUAACUGUUCAGGAAUUGAUCGACAUCGAAAAAGGAGUAUUAUCAAAGAUACAUUACGAAGAAACGCAAGGAAUGUGGACGUUCUUCUCAUACGUAGAUAAAGAUGAGCUACAAGCUACAAAUAAAAUGAUAUUUAUGCCAUCACUAACUAGAAAUGCAGCAAUGACAUCUGAUGAAUUUAACCUUAAUCAGACGUAUCUCUGUAUGGUACCUGGCAUCGAGGGACAUUAUAAAAAGUUCCGCAACAUCUGUGAGCGGCUUAAGCUUCCAGUUCUAUUGUUACAGCCAGGUUUAGAAAAAACUGAGACUUUCUGCGAAACAGCUCAAAGAUUGGUUGAGAUAAUGCCUAAAAAAGCAAUGGAGCUGAAUAAAAAAUUUUAUCUGCUAGGCUACGAAAACGGUGUAUUCAUAGCUUUGAAAAUGGCUGCCUUAUUGGAAGAGAGAGGAUGGAAUGGUACAGUUUUCUGCAUUGGAGGAUCACCGGAUGAAAUUUGCGAAAUAAUCAAUAAGAAACUACAGGAGUAUGACACUGACGAAGCAUUACAAGUUGCCGUAAUUAAACACAUGUUUACUUUGAUGACUGGCGCUGAUACGAAACAAUUGGAUUGUUUAUUAAGCAAUGCCAUGACGUGGCAAGAAAGAGUUGAGUGUUGCGUGAAAAACUUUCGAGGUCGAGUUGGUUAUUCAAAUCAAUUUACUCGUGAGCUAAUUGAAACGACAUAUUCACGAGUGGUACAGUUGCGUGGCUAUAGCGCUGAACCGCGAGCUAUUCAGUCCCAGCUGGUAUCAAUGCGUUCAAAAUCAGCUGGUGAUCAUCAAACAUCAACAGAUUCAUCUUUGCAAAGUUAUUCUAAAAUUCCAGUUAUUGAAUAUGAUUUACAUGUUCCAUUUUCAUAUCUUACGAAAGAUCCACAAUGCGCUGCGAUCAUUAAUCGUCAUCUCGAUAAAGAUAUUCUCAAGGAAUUCGAGAAGGUAAAUCUUUGUGAAAGCUACCUCGUAAAUAGAACUUCUUUUACCGAUAUUUAAAUAUUU